AUGACCGAUGAGAAACCCUUGAAGCAGGUUUUGUUGCUCCCUGUCUCGACCCCACCAGAAAUCUCCCGACGACCAGCAUGGCGGGUUUGGCGUCUCGCAUGGCUGCUCCUGGCUGUCUUCCUAUGGGGCCUGCAUAUAAACCCAAGGACCUCGGAAGGAAACUCGCGAGAGACUACGGAAAGCCAACGAAGUGGUCGAAGACCCUUUGGACGACGGGCCGAAGAGGCCUUCCUCUCUGUUCCUAAUGCCUCAUCUGCAAUUAGAGCCUCCAGGCUCUUCGCCACCAAGCCGCACCUGGCGGGAACCCCACAGGACUUGACUACCGCAGUGGAUUUUCUUCAAAUUCUGCAGAGGGAAUUUAACAUAACCCCUCCUGCAGUUGAACCAAUCUUUCCUGCGGGUUCCUCUGAAUCACAACAUGCAACUCGCUCCAUCUCCAAAGCAAUUCGACCGUAUGCAUGGAUCGACACAUAUUAUCCUGUCAUGAACACCCCGCUAGACAGGAAUCUACAAAUCCUUGACGAAGACGGGACGCUCUUAUGGGAAGCGAAUCUGGUGGAAGUGUCUGAUUUAACUGACCCAGAUGCUGGGCAAUACUUCGACGCUGUUCCGACAUUCCAUGGCUUGAGCCGCGAAGGGGAUGUAACAGGAAAGCUUGUGGGUGGAAACUAUUGCACGCAGGAUGAUUAUGGAAAGCUGGUGGAGAAAGGAGUCGACUUGAGCGGUGCUAUUGUCUUGUGUCGCUAUGGUGGCAUCUUUCGUGGGCUCAAAGUCAAAGGAGGCCAAGAUUUGGGUGCUGCUGGUGUGCUAAUUUACUCUGACCCGAUCGACGACGGUACUAUCACUGUCGAAAAUGGGUACCUUGCUUAUCCCAAUGGACCUGCUCGAAAUCCAACGUCGGUGCAGCGUGGAAGUGUGCAAUUCAUCAGUGUCUAUCCUGGCGACCCAACGACUCCGGGAUAUCCGUCAUACGAAAAUAGUACGCGAACCGAAGGAGCCAACAUCCCUCUCAUUCCCAGUCUCCCAAUCUCCUGGGACAAUGCUCGAACCUUGUUCAGGACUCUGCAGUCAGACGAUCCUUUUGGAGGCAAACUUGUCCGAUUGGUUAAUAAUGUGAACUCGACAGUCACUCCCAUCUGGAACACAAUGGGAGUAAUUCCAGGUUUCAUCAAAGACGAGGUUGUUGUGGUCGGCAAUCACAGGGAUGCUUGGGUCCUAGGUGCUACAGAUCCUUCCAGUGGGACAGCAUCAGUAAAUGAAGUUAUUCGCGGCCUUGGACACUUGCUGAGCAAGGGAUGGAGGCCAUUGAGAACAAUAGUAAUUGCUAGCUGGGAUGCAGAAGAGUACGGCCUCAUUGGCAGCACAGAAUGGGGCGAAGAUUUUGCAGAUUGGAUUGACGAACACGUCGUUGCUUAUCUCAAUCUUGAUUCUUCUGUAUCCGGCUCACGCUUCAGGAUGUCUGGUUCACCUCUUCUCGCGCAUUUUAUCCGGGAUACGGCAGAGGAAAUUCCGCAUCCCACGGACAGUGACCGUACGCUCUGGGAUGCUACUCAGGAUGACGGUCCUCUUUUUGGCCCUGCAAGGGUUGACCACUCCGCGUUGAAUGAAGAGGCAUUAAAAAUACGUGAAAUGGAAGUCGCCGCUGCUGACAACGUCGGUGUCUCGCCUUUGGGAUCUGGUAGUGAUUAUACUGUAUUUUUGCAAAGGAAUGGGAUUCCGAGCACAAACGGCGGAUUCGGGGCAACACUCCAUGAUCCAGUUUAUCACUACCAUUCCGUAUUUGACUCGGAGAGGUGGCAAGAAAUGUACGGCGAUCCUGGAUUUUUCCGCCAUAUUGCAGUUGCAAAACACCUCGGAUUACAAACUCUUCGACUUGGGUCCUCACUUGCGCUUCCUUUCAAUACCACACACUACGCUUAUGAAUUGGAGUCUUACCUUGAAACCGUUCAAGGCAUCGCGGAUCAAGCAUCUCUUGAUGUAAAUUUCAAGCCUCUGAAGAACUCCAUCCAAGCCGUUCAGAAAGCCAGUCAAGCUCUUGAGGAGGAGAAGCAGGCAGCCUUGAAAGAUCUCCAGAAAAUUAUUGACGACUGGAAGAAGAGGCACCAACGGAGACGUUGGCUCGCCAGGACACUCAAGAAAGUCGCCUGCUCAGUUAAGAAUGCUCUUGGACACGAAUGCCUCUGUCAGCAUGGGAAACCUCAUCGUCGGUCAGAAGCCGUGCUUCAAAAGCAGGAUGCGGAUGAGGACGAAAUAUUGGUUGGAGUGCUUCUCCACAAGGGUAAUGAAGGCUUGCUUGAUCAUGACAGCACGGGAACGCUCCACCCUCGACGCAGGUUCCCGGUGAAGCGUCUCAUAAGGGUUCUCAAGCGCAUUCGUUCCGUGAACAAGAAGUCGUCCUCAUUCGAAAGGGCUUUCAUCUCAGAGGAUGGUAUUAAAGACCGGGAGUGGUAUAAGCACCUCGGUGUUGCACCCGGAAAAUGGUUAGGUUAUGGUGCAACUACCUUCCCUGCAUUGACGGAAGCGAUAACUUUUGAGAAGAACGCGACUCUGGCAAACUAUGAGGUUGAACGACUGGAGAAACUCUUGGACAAGUUGGAAAAGAGGCUCAAAGUCUGA